AUUGUGGUCAAAUUAUACAAAAUGUGUGAGUGUGUGCAAUGAUGAUGUUGGGCUGGUAUUUCUGUAUCAGUGUGUCACAUGAGGCUGCUGAGGGGAGAACGUCUCAUAACUGUAACGGCAUAAAUGGAAUGGCAUCAAACACCUGGAAACCAUGUGUUUGAUACCAUUCCACCUAUUCUGCUCCAGUUUUACAACAACCCUGGUCUCCCCAAUUAAGGUGCCACCAACCUCCUGUGCAGUGGGUGUACUAUAGCAGGGUUGUAUUUGGGGUGCUAGGGGCAGGGAGUGUGUCUAGGCCUCGAGGGGUAAAAUGGCUAUGGGGAGGUGUAGGGGUUGAUUUUGGAAUACAGAAAGACUCCUUUUCUCAUGUUAAAAUCCCCAAAUACAUGAUGUACCUGCCGUCCCAAAUGUAUCCACAAGGGGGCGACAUAUAUAACCUAUCGGCACUGGUAAUAGGUUGGCCACUUCCCCUGGCUUCAUCACAGCCCUGGUCAUGGCUAGAAGGGAUAUAGCUUUUGUCAAAUUAAUGUUAAAAAUAUACAUUUAGUUAAUUUUCGCUAACCUUUACUCUUUUCCAAAACUAAACCUAAUUCUCCUAACCUGCUACGAAAAGUCGUUAUCCGACAAAAGCUGUUUCCAUCUAGUCAAAAACCCUCCGCUUCCCUCCCACUUGUGUUGGUCCGUGAGGAAGUCGCAAGAUGGCUGACAGCGCUCUGAAGUAAUGCUCCCUUCCUCCACAUGAAGUCGUGAGUUUGGAAGUAUGCUCCCUUCCUCCACAUGAAGUCGUGAGUUUGGAAGUAAUGCUCCCUUCCUCCACAUGAAGUCGUGAGUUUGGAAGUAAUCGAGGGAGGCGCUAUCAGGCGUUUGUUUUUAUUUAAGUUAUUGUAUUUCUCCAAACAGACCAUUUCAUUCCUGGGGACCCAGUUAACUAAAAGCUCCUGUAGAUGGCUAACGGUAUCAACAUAUACAUUACCUAGUACAUUACAUUAGCUAGCACUUGCAAUUUGAACUAGUCUAACAUAAAUAUUUGCACCGUCAGGUUAAGUAUCGUCCAAAUCAUAACUACGGACGGCCAGUCAGCUGCCAGUCACAUUUUCAGAUGUUAACUAGUUAAGGACUAUUUAACGAGAAACUUCAGUUGUUUUUCUGGCAGUUUACCACAAUACUACCAGGGAUGGACGCACACGACCACAUGUAGCAACGUUAGCCAGGUUGCUAACCAGCUAGGCGGGGUUGGGGGGGAAACUAGCUACCGGCGACAACAGCCGUGUAGUCAAUCAGUUACUGUCAGAGAGACGAGGUAGUCAGCCGCCCGUUUCCAGCUAGCUACCGGAUCGACACCACCCGAGCCUCCCACCGGACAGACCCACCGGCUCAACAACACCGGGAUGGGCGUGCAGGGCUUCCAGGAGUAUCUGGAGAAACGGUGUCCCGGGGCUGCCAUCCCCGUGGACCUCCUCAAACUAGGCCGUACUGCGGGACGCCAGCACCACCACCCCGGGCCUCUGCCUCUUCCGGCCCGGAUACUCAUCGAUGCUGACUCCGGUCUGCAGCGUCUGUACGGCGGCUACCAGACGGACUGGGUGUGCGGCGGGGAGUGGAACGCCAUGCUGGGAUACCUGUCCGCUCUGUCCCAGGCCUGUCUGUACCAGGGUGGGCUUGAGCUGGUCGUGGUGUUCAACGGGACCCUGGGGAAGGAGCGGUGGCCGGAGUGGGCACGCCGGGCCCAGGGACAACGCCAGACGGCCCAGCUCAUCGUUAACCACGUCGGCAGUAAGGCCACUCCGCCUCCCCGCGCCUGGUUCCUGCCCCCCGCCUGCCUCAGUCACUGUGUCCGCCUCGCCAUGUUCCGCUUCGGAGUGCGGGUUGUCCAGACGUUGGAGGACCACCACCAGGAGGUGCUGUCCCUCUACAGGGACUUUGGUUUCUGCGGCCUGAUCGCCCAGGACUCAGAGUUUGCUCUCUGCAACGUGCCCGCCUACUUCUCCUCGCAUGCCCUCAAACUGUCCUGGAACGGCAAGAACCUGACCACCCACCAGUACCUGCUCUCUGAAGCAGCCAGACAGCUGGGUCUGAAGACCCAACAACUGCCCUGCUUCGCUGCUCUGCUGGGGAACCAUAUUCUCCCUGAUGAGGACCUGGCUGCCUUCCACUGGAGCCUUUUAGGACCAGAACACCCCCUGGCCUCACUCAAGGUGCGAGCCCACCAGUUGGUGCUGCCUCCCUGUGAGGUGGUUAUCAAGGCGGUGUCUGAGUACGUCUCCUCCAUUAAAGACCUGGGGAACCUCGACGCUGUUGCCAGGGACGUCUUCAACCAAUCCCAGUCUCGUAUGGAGGAUAAGGUGGAGCGUUUUAAGAAGGCUGUGGAGUAUUUCUCAUCUGCCUCUAAACCACGCCCACUCUCCAUGGGACCCUCCCCCUACCUUUGGUUUGGUCCGGCUCCUUUUGGCAGUCCUCCUGGCCACAUGGGGGCAAUGCAGCCUGGAAAGCACCAGGGGGUAAAACGGAAUGCUCCGUGUGGACCAGGCCACGCCUCUCUGUUCCAGAACCUGCCCCCCCUGCCGGACUGCAACGAUUCGCUGUCUGGGACAAUGGGCUGCAUGGAUUGGUCGGCUCCAUAUGACCAGGGAGGAAGUAGAUUAACGAAUCACCACAUGUCCGCUCCCUCUGGCCCCUCCCACUCGCCAUCAUCUUCCUCCGAUGGAGACGAACCAAACGACAGCAGCCACCAUCUGACAGACAAGUCCUCCGGGUGGGACGAUCCGGCCGGUCGGGGGAGUGGAGGGGAUGGUUCCCACGGUAACGGGAGCGGGUCCAACAUUCCAUCGCUGUUGUCAAUGGCGACGCGGAGUCAUAUGGACAUAACCACGCCCCCUCUGCCUCAAAUCAGCGCUGAGGUGUUGAGAGUAGCAGAACACAGACAUCGCAGAGGACUGAUGUAUCCAGAGAUAUACCACAUACUGACCAAGGGAGAGAUGAAGAUGGCGGUGUGUAUAGAAGAUGAUUGUAACAGUGAACUGCCUCCAGCCUCUCUGCUGUUCAGAGCAGCCAGACAGUACAGCUAUGGGGUCCUCUUCAGCCUAGCCGAAACACACCGACACCUUGAGAGACUCGCCAUGCGCAACAGAGGACCCCUCGAAGUUCCUCCAGUGAUAGUGAAGGAGUGGUCCAGUGGAAAGUCUAAGUCGGCCCUGACCCCGGAGCUGGUUCCAGCGCUGUGCUUCAGAGAGUGGACCUGUCCUAACCUGCGGAGGCUGUGGCUUGGUAGAGCCAGUGAAGAUCGCUCCCGGAGGACCAGAGCUUUCCUAGCCUGUCUGCGCUCUGACUGUCCUGCCUUACUCAACGCUGCUCAGGUCCCACAACACCUUCUGCUCAUGUGCUGCGUGCUCAGGUAUAUGAUGCAGUGGCCAGGUGGUGGUAUUCUACAGAGACAUGAGUUAGAUGCCUUCCUGGCCCAGGCAGUCUCUAACCAGCUCUACGAACCAGACCAGCUACAGGAACUGAAGGUAGAGAAGGUAGACAGUCGGGGGGUCCAGCUGGCGUCUCUCUUCAUGGCGGGCGUGGACACUGCUCUGUUGGUCAACGACGUGUGUGGUCAGCCGUUACCAUGGGAACACUGCUGCCCCUGGGGCUUCUUCGACGGGAAACUCUUCCAGACCAAACUGGCCCGCGGCGGCCGAGACCGACUGGCCCUGUUCGACAUGUGUGAAGGACAGGAGGAGCUGGUGUCUCGUGUGGAGAAGAUGCGUCAGGCCAUUCUAGAUGGCAUCAACUUUACUCGUCCUCCUCCCCCUCUCCCCCCUCUUUCCUUCCUCCGCCCUCCCCCCUUCUACCCCCUACACCCCCUCUACCCCCCCCGGCCCAUGGGUAACAUGCCCCCCCACUACCACCCUCAUCAUCCUCACCACCACCCAAAUGAUCCUCACCACCACCCUCAUCAUCCUCACCACCACCCAGCCCAGCAUCGACCCAGAGGCUUCCCAGGUCUGCAGUCGAUCCCCCCUCAGGGAGGGAAGUUGGAGAUAGCCGGCAUGGUGGUGGGCCAGUGGGCCGGGAACAAACCACUGCGUGGCAGAGGGGGGCUCAACAUGCAGGUGGUGUCGGUCGGAGCAGGGAGAGGAAGGGGUAAGGACAUCCCAGCGAAAGCAGGACGAGGAGUUAAAAAGACACAUUCCCCCUCCUCCAGCAGCCCCACCAAGCCUGAGGAGGAGGAGGAGGAGCCUAACUCGGGGGCCGUGACCCAGCAGCUGAAUGGCAGCCCUGCAGCCUCCGGUAUUGGCCAGCCUCUGGAUCUGGCCCAUCCAAUCCCGUGUGCCUUAGCAAGCAGAGACAACCAAACAGAGGAGGCCCCCUGUUGCCUUGACGACUGUCCUUCAGACGGAACACUAACGAAGGAGGCGUGAUGAGGCUUUCCCAGAAUGCACCAGGGUGUUCUGAAAAAGCUGUCUGUGUUUCACUGCCCCUUGAUUUUGUCAUGUAGUUUUAUUUUAUCUUAACGAUCAGAGGUUUUUCUCCAUGAGUCCAUAUGUAUGUAAGCCCCUGCCUACCUAAAGCACCGCCCCCAUGGCCCGUCGCUAUAGUAACCCCAGCCCACUGUCUCAUGAUGUUCAGAUGGUCCCUCCCUACUGUUAAUAUUCCUACUGGGAUCCUUGCGGUUAGUCUUGAACUACGGUGUUUAGUGGAAGUGUGUUUAGAUACACUAACGUCGACACUAUCACACACUGUUGGCUAGGUGCCUGGGUUUGGUUGCCGGGUGUGUUGUUGCCAUAGGGACCUCAUGGUGAGCGCAGAGUUCCAGGAGUGUUGGACUCUAGAAGUGUCAGAGGAGGAAUAGCGAAAGAGGAGGAUGACGAAUGAAUGAGUGCAGUGUUUGUGUGCUAAAUAAGCCCGGUUUACCACCAAUAAUGAUUUAUUAGUGUUAGCCGCGCCACUAACCACCCAGAGCGCGUGUUUGCAUUGCUCUAACCCUUCAGUAGCAUUUGCACCGCCGCACCGCUAAUGCAUUAGCAUGCUAACGUAGCCCACACCUUGAAUAACAUGAGCACUUGCCCUAAUAUGUUAUCAUGCUAAGUUAGCCUAGCCCAGCUGUAUUUAGACACCCUGACCACAGAUGUAAUGUAUGUACGCACCUUAACCUGACGCUCCAACGUAUAGAAGCUCUUACCCCUAUAUUAGAUUAUAUCCCCUAUGCUCUGAUUGUAUAUCCCAGCAGAGAGCACUUACUAAUGUUGGAUUCAUUGAUUUAAUAUUGAUUAUUAUUGACCAGACCCCUAGACAGUUUGUCUGACCUAAUGAAGUCCCUUGCGACCUAGGAAAUCACUUUGAUCAUUGACCUCAAGGUCUAUUUUAACAUGGCCUUUGUGUUGUGCAAACGAGACCUGUUUGAAUGUGAUCAGAGUAGGGCUGCACAAUUCGUCCAAAACGCAAUAUUGACAUGUGCAAUAUCCAUAUCGCAAUAUUUUGCAACCCCACUCAGCCGUGUGUACUGUCCGUUAUUAUAGUUGACUCUGUCGUCCCUCUCCUCUUGCGGCUGCUUCCUACAACUCAAGCAGCACAGUUCCUCUUCUGUUAGAUUCACUAGAAGCUUCCAUGCUGUUCUGUUAGGUCAAAUGCAGUCAACACAUUGUUCCAAACAAGAAUGAUGCUGCUUUCCACUUAGCUUCUUAAUAUAAAUCAUUAUAUUUAUCUGAUUCCAACUGUGUUUUGAUCGAUCACAGGUCAAAUUGUAAUAUGUGUUCAAAGUAAAUAAAAUGUGCCAAUAUGGUGCAGCCCUAGAACGGCGUGGUCUUCAGAAGAAGCACAUUUAGUUUUAAAAGGAAUCCUCUAGCAGGUCAAAACAUUCACGCGAUCAGAGAUAGAGGACAUCUUUGUAUCUGUACCGUUAUUGCAUCUAUGACAGUAUGGGCAGCUCUAUUGAGCCUAGCUUCAUUUUAAAGUAGUCUAUUUUCUUCACAGUUAGCUAAUCCCUCCCAGUUUGACAUGACUUCAACAGGGUCACCAGGAGGGAUCAGCCAAUGAAGUUGGGAGGCCCACACAGUCGACUACAUUAAAAUGGUGGAAGCGCUCAAUGGCGCUGCCCAGGCUAAUACGGCCUGUUGGCCAGUAGAGGCCUCUAUCAUUCUCUAUGGGCCAAGUAUGGUGCCACGUCAGAGGACGGGAGGGUCAGGGCUUAAAGGUCAGAGUGCUGACGCUACCAAGCUCCUCUUCUGACUGGCACCUUGUCUUAAUGAACCCAAGGCUGCAUCUGAAAUGGCAUUCCCUGCGUAGUGCAUCAGAAGCAGUGCAUUAUGGGGGGUAGGUUGCCUUUAGAGACAAGACCUGAUGAAGUCCCAAAGCAUAGGCCCACACUAGCCUUGUCAACUGGCUGGCCAAUCAGGACAGGCCUGGUAGCACCGCCUGGUGAUUGGUUAGCAGUUUCCACGGCGAUAGCCCAGCAUUCUAAGCUCUUUGUCUAACAGGAAGCACUUCCCCCAAACCACUUAUCCAAUCAGCAGGGGUUUAAGGUGAGAACACUUGCAUGUUCCGCCCACAAUCUAAAGAUCCUAAAUAGUUUUAAUGUUAAACUCUUUAUGUUGUCAUCAUUAUAGUAGAGGAUAAAGUAUCAUUUUAAUAGGUCUGCUCUGAGACCAAUCAGAGUAUUAACUUGAUUUAAUGUUAGUAGAAGACUACAGAGAGAUAGAAGAGAGGAAUCAGUUUUAAUGUUAGUAGGAGACUACAGAGAGAUAGCAGAGAGGAAUCAAUUUUAAUGUUAGUAGGAGACUACAGAGAGAUAGAAGAGAGGAAUCAGUUUUAAUGUUAGUAGGAGACUACAGAGAGAUAGCAGAGAGGAAUCAAUUUUAAUGUAAGUAGGAGACUACAGAGAGAUAGCAGAGAGGAAUCAGUUUUAAUAUUAGUAGGAAACUACAGAGAGAUAGAAGAGAGGAAUCAGUUUUAAUGUAAGUAGGAGACUACAGAGAGAUAGAAGAGAGGAAUCAGUUUUAAUGUUAGUAGGAGACUACAGAGAGAUAGCAGAGAGGAAUCAAUUUUAAUGUAAGUAGGAGACUACAGAGAGAUAGCAGAGAGGAAUCCGUUUUAAUGUUAGUAGGAGACUACAGAGAGAUAGAAGAGAGGAAUCAGUUUUAAUGUAAGUAGGAGACUACAGAGAGAUAGAAGAGAGGAAUCAGUUUUAAUGUAAGUAGGAGACUACAGAGAGAUAGCAGAGAAGAAUCAGUUUUAAUGUUAGUAGGAGACUACAGAGAGAUAGAAGAGAGGAAUCAGUUUUAAUGUAAGUAGGAGACUACAGAGAGAUAGAAGAGAGGAAUCAGUUUUAAUGUAAGUAGGAGACUACAGAGAGAUAGAAGAGAGGAAUCAGUUUUAAUAUUAGUAGGAAACUACAGAGAGAGAAGAGAGGAAUCAGUUUUAAUGUAAGUAGGAGACUACAGAGAGAUAGAAGAGAGGAAUCAGUUUUAAUGUUAGUAGGAGACUACAGAGAGAUAGAAGAGAGGAAUCAGUUUUAAUGUUAGUAGGAGACUACAGAGAGAUAGAAGAGAGGAAUCAGUUUUAAUGUUAUUAGGAGACUACAGAGAGAUAGAAGAGAGGAAUCAGUUUUAAUGUUAUUAGGAGACUACAGAGAGAUAGAAGAGAGGAAUCAGUUUUAAUGUUAUUAGGAGACUACAGAGAGAUAGCAGGGACUAACCUCUACAGGACUGUCAGACAAUAGUAACCGUGUUGGACUAAGUUCUACAGGACUGUAGUUGACACAAACAGAAAAGGUCUGGCUGCUAAGUAGUCCAAUUGCAGGCCAAACUAGCGUAGUAGAAUGGAAAUAACCCCAGCAGAGUGCACAGUUGCCAGAACAACCGUAACAUCUGAAUAGAGACAGCACUUCAACCCACACGGGUUUGGAUUUCUGCGGCUCAUGACUGUGUUGUGGGACUGUUUACAAGCAAAUAGAGAGUUUUGGGAUUAAUUCCACAUCAAGUAUUUGGAACAACAAUC